GGUGGGGGGGAGAGUCAGACUGACUGGAGCCUGCACUGGCUGCUAUGGGGCCGUGGCCACUGCUGCUGCUCUGGGUUUGGGGCAUCCUGGGGGAGCUGGAGUUGGACCCCAUGGGGAGGCACGUCUGCCAAGAUGUGAGCUUCCCUGCUAGGUCAGUGUGCUGUCCAGGCUGGAGGCAGGAGGGCCAGGAGUGCACAUCCCCAAUCUGUGAGGGGCCUGAUGCUUGUGGGGAAGAAGAGGUAUGCGUGAAACCAGGACUCUGCCGAUGCAAACCCGGCUUCUUCGGGGCCCAGUGCAGCUCCCGCUGCCCUGGCCAGUACUGGGGCUCUGACUGCCGAGAGAACUGUCCCUGCCACCCCAAUGGGAAGUGUGAUGCUGUCACAGGUCAAUGUACCUGCAACAAUGACCACUGGGGUGGGAACUGCCAGUUCCCGUGUUCGUGCGGCCUCCACGGGCUUUGUAACCCCCUGACUGGAGCCUGCCGCUGUGAGCCGGGCUGGUGGACGGCCACAUGCCGCAAGGCCUGCCAGUGCAGCUCCUACUCCUUGGGCUGUGACCAGAUGACGGGGGCCUGCCAGUGCGAGCCAGGCUGGUGGGGCAGACGCUGCAGCUUCAGGUGUUUGUGCCAUCACUCUGCCUGCGACCAGAGCACAGGCCACUGCAUCUGCCGGGCUGGCUGGUGGGGGCCCGAGUGCCGGAAGCCCUGUACCUGCCAGCAUGGCCACUGCAAUCCCACCAACGGGCACUGUACCUGCCACCCAGGGUACCAGGGCCUGUCCUGCGAGCAGGCUUGCCCUCCAGGCCGCUAUGGGGUCCAGUGCCUGGACAGUUGUGGCCGUUGCAGACAGAACCAGCCCUGCUCUCCUGAUACAGGUACCUGCCCGGCCUGUGAGCCUGGCUGGAAUGGAACUCGCUGUAAUGAGCCGUGCUCACCAGGCACCUAUGGCGAGAACUGUGGGCAGCUCUGCCCCCGGUGCCGGCAAGGUGAGGCUUGCCAGCCAGAGACGGGGCAGUGCCGGCACUGUGACCCAGGCCGAACAGGGCCCAGGUGUGAAGAGCCCUGCGCCCCCGGCACCUUUGGUGAGGCCUGCGGGUCACUGUGCCCGCCCUGUGUCGAGGGCAUCUGCGAUGCUGUGACUGGAGACUGUAUCUGCAGAUCUGGCUACUGGGGACUCAGCUGCAAUGCUUCCUGCCCCCUUGGCUUCUACGGAGUCAACUGCUCCUCUCCCUGCCCCUGCCCAGAGGGGCCCUGCCACCCUGCCUCCGGGACCUGUGAACUGGGGUUUCAAGGCCAGGGCACUCUCCUGGCUGGCAUCCUGGUUCCCCUGCUGCUGCUGCUUCUGGGCAUUGUGGCCUGCAUCUCCUGCUGCUGCUGGGCAGCUCAGCCUGACCCCAAGGACAGGCCAGCCAGAGAUGGGGCUGCUGUCUCCCAAGUAAAGAUGCAGGUCAGGGGGGCACUGAGUAGCCUGGGCUCUGCGCUGCCCUGCGGCUCUCUCAGCAAUCACAAGCUGCCUCAGGUCACAGUGUCCCACCACGACCCAGAGAUCCCCUUCAAUCACAGCUUUAUUGAGCCCCCGUCUGCGGGCUGGGCAUCAGACGACUCCUUCUCUUCUGAUCCCGACUCUGGAGAAGAGGAUGAGGGGCCAGCUUACUGCGUGCCUCCCCAACAAGAGGAAGAACUACAAGAGGUUCACCAGGCAGGAAAACCCAUCUCUGCACCAGAUGAUACCUCCACACCUUUUGUCAUCCCACGAACUUCCAGCCUGGCCCGAGCCAAGCGGCCAUCUGUCUCCUUUGCUGAAGGCACCAAGUUCGGGCCCCAGAACUCCCAGGGCUCUGGGGAGCUGGCCAGCCCCUUGAGGAAGCCCAAGCGACUAUCCCGGCCAGGCCAGCCCCAAGCUGAGGGGCAGGGGGCUGAGGGGCCUCAGGGUCCCCAGGGGCCAGAGGACCCACAGCCUGAUUUCCAAGAGCCUCCCAGCACCACUGCUGCUCAGGAGGAUUUGUCUGGUGGCCACCGGAGGCUUGCUCUUGGGGGCAGAACUGUGGCUCAGAGGGUGGAGGCCAUUGAGAAUGGCAGCAGGAGAAGCCCAGGCCCCGUGACUACCAUCUACAUGUUGGCAGGGACUCCCGGGGGAGCCGAGGGGCCCGUGCGAGCUGUCCUCCGACGCUUUGGCAGCUUCCAGAAGGGCCGGGGGGAGCCCAAGGCCAAGGGCAGCAUUCCUAAGCCUCCUCGCAGGGCCCUGAGUCGGGACAAGGGCACCCUCAUCUCUUCCCCUGCUCCCAGCCCUGACUCCCCCCAGGUCCUGGAGCUUUCUGAAACAGCAGCACUCAGUGAAGCCAGCCAGGAGGAGGAGACAGGCAGGCUGGGGGAUGAUGGCACCAAGAGCCUAGGGGACACAAUGGGGGGAGCCAGAGGGGAUGACCUCCCUGUGCUGGAGGAGGCUGGGCAGCUGGCUGAAAAGGAGGUCGACGAUGAACCACAGUAUGAGAAUGUCCAGCCAGGCUCUGGCACCUUGAAUUCCUGAGAUCUCCCAGGCAUGGGUGGGGGUGGGGAAGCAGAGGAGGAGGAUGGGAAAGGGACCUUGAUGCUACAGGUGGUCGUGCUUCCUCUUGAAUAAAAGGCUAUGGGGACCAUGCUAA